AUGCCACCGGCAGCGAGGGCAGCAGUCAGAUAUAAAGCCCUGGGAUGGGGUAGAAGCUGGGGGGCUCAGUGGGGAUCAUUUUGGGAUGUGCAGAGCCGCUUCCCAGAGCUCACCACAGUCUUUAUUCCCUCUUUCCCUGCCAAGUCCAAGGUGGAGGACAUUGUGCAGGAGGUCUAUGAUGCCUACAAGACAAACCAUCACUCCUCGCAGUACGUCCUGCAGCGGGAGAAGCAUUUCCAUUACCUGAAGAGAGGCCUCCGGCAGCUCACCGAAGCCUAUGAGUGUCUGGAUGCCAGCCGCCCCUGGCUCUGCUACUGGAUCCUGCACAGCCUGGAGCUGCUGGAUGAGCCCAUCCCAGAGUCGGUGGCCUCUGACGUCUGCCAAUUCCUGAGGCGCUGCCAGAGCCCCCAGGGUGGAUUUGGAGGGGGUCCCGGGCAGCACCCCCACCUCGCCCCCACCUACGCCGCCGUCAACGCACUCUGCAUCAUCGGCACCGAGGAGGCCUUCGGCAUCAUCGACAGGAAGAAGCUCCUGGAAUACCUGUACUCUUUGAAGCAGCCGGAUGGCUCCUUCCUCAUGCACGUGGGUGGAGAGGUGGAUGUCAGGAGUGCCUACUGUGCCGCCUCAGUGGCCUCGCUGACCAACAUCCUGACACCCGCACUCUUCUCCGGGACGGCCGAGUGGAUCGCCAGGUGCCAGAACUGGGAGGGCGGGAUCGGCGGCGUGCCGGGCAUGGAGGCGCACGGCGGCUACACCUUCUGCGGCAUGGCCGCGCUGGUCAUCCUCCAGCAGGAGCAUCUGCUCAACCUCCGGAGCCUGCUGCACUGGGUGACCGGGCGGCAGAUGCGCUUCGAGGGCGGAUUCCAGGGCCGCUGCAACAAGCUGGUGGACGGGUGCUACUCCUUUUGGCAAGCCGGGCUCCUGCCCCUGCUCCAUCGGGCACUCCAUGCCAGGGGUGACACAGCGCUGAGCAUGGCGCACUGGAUGUUCGACCAGCUGGCACUGCAGGAAUACAUCCUCCUGUGCUGCCAGUGCCCGGCCGGGGGGCUGCUGGAUAAGCCAGGAAAAUCCCGGGAUUUCUACCACACCUGCUACUGCCUGAGCGGGCUGGCCAUUGCCCAGCACUUCGGAAGCGGAGACCUCCACAACGAGGUGGUCCUGGGUAUCCCUGAGAACUGCCUGCAGCCCACGCACCCCGUCUACAACAUCGCCCCAGAGAAGGUGGCGAGGGCAGUGAUGCACUUCCUGCAGUAUCCCGUGCCCAGCCUGGAUCCAGCACCCGCUGCCAACUAGGGGGGGGUGUCCCGCUGCUGCCUGGGGGUCCCACAGCCCCGGAGUGUGCAGCCCAGCCCAGCCCAGCCCGUGGCGUGGUGGCCUGGCCGGCACAGCGAGGUCCUCAGGGUGCUAGCAAUACCAAAACCCAGCCUGCCCCGGGCCGCGCCUCCCGCUGCCGUCCCGGCCGGAGCCAGGUGGGACACGGGCUGUGGCAGAGCUUUUUGGCAUCAAUAAACCAGAAGUGACACCCUGCCGUGUGCUGGGGGCCCUGGGGACACGGGGCAGGAGGUGACACCGUGUCCGGCUCUGGUGGCACCACUUCCCUCAUUCCAAGAACACGCGGUGACCACAGGGGAAGAUAAAUUAAGUGGAAUUUUGGCUUUUUUUUUUUUUUAUUAUUUAUAGUCUUAUAGUAAAGGGAAGCCUUAACUUGCAAGACAA